AUGACAUCGGAUGCAACCGCGCAGUUUCAGGAGAUGGCAAAAAAUCUGGAGCAGAUUACUGGCGCAAUCAACGGCAUCAUUUCGAAUUUCAGGAAUGGAGAACAGUCGGAGAUGCGAGCGCAGUUCGACCACAUCAGGACGAUCCUUCUGGAGCACAACCUUGCCUACUACAUUCAGCCCGACCCCAGCCAGUGCGGCGUGCACCCUCAGAAUCGAGAUGGGAUGGGAUUGGACGUUGCUUUAGUUCAACACCUGGCCAAGCACAUCCCGUCAGCUGGGUGGAGCGUACACGAGAUUUCUUCGGCUACCUGUUUCGAGAGCGGCCAAGGCAGCGCACGUGACAAGGUAAAGGAAUUCAACAAUUUGGUUUCAGAUCUGUCCGACGGGUUCAUUCCCAAGUUCGGCGACGGCCAGGUCGUGAAGUACGCCACUGUUGCUUCUAGCCACACGAUGGCGCUCAUCCGCGCUAUACGGCACGGCUGCUGCACUACAUGCGAGGAGUAUGCGGUGGAUGGCAAGUUUAGCAAAGAGAAAGUGCUGCAAGCCUGUCCGUCAAUGCGGGACCCCAUCGAGAGCGGCUUCAGGUUUUGCUGCAUCCGUCACGAAGUGGAACUUGCUUGCCCUGGUUUGCCAGACUUCAUCCAAGCAUGCGGCAACGUCGGCAACGCUACACACCGACCCGCCACUAAGAUACAAGCGAUGAAGUCUUUGCACGCUAAGCUGGCGUUCUUCGCGGGGACGUCCUUGAGGCCUGAAGAGCAGAAGGCGAAAGCCGUCAAAGCCGUGGAGCAAUCUUGUCCUCACUUCCACGGCGAGGUCGAUACCAUGGCCGAUUUCGUGAUACUGUAUAGCGGUGGAAGGACGCCCCAAUUCUUGAACGACCUGGCUACGUGGGAUGGGACGCUGGCCAAGAAAAAUGAGCUCCCGAUUCAGCUUUUCAAGAUUUUGAACGAGCUGGAUUUCAAGCAGGGCCCAGAGUACAUGAUGUCCAUCCUGAAGGCCUCGAUGGCUGCGCCAGCGGCCUUCGUGAAGCAAGGCGUGGCCAAGGUGGUUACGAGCUCAGACAUUGCUCCCAUCAAGAAGGUCGGCGACCCGAGGUACCUCGCGGUUCAGAAGGUGUGCAGCUACAUCCGCAGUGCGAAGGAGUGGUUGGACAAGCUGGCCGACCAUGUGAGCAAGGCCCAGCAGUCUCGCAUCCUUGGCAACUUCGAGAUCAACAGCGUGAUGCACAUCCACAAGAAAAGGGUUGCUGGACGUCGGGAGUACAAGAACGUUGACGAGAUUGCGAACAAGCUCGUUGAGGACGUCUUUGCUCUUUACCCCGACGCUCGCAACGGGACGCUUCCAUGGAUGGCGACCCCAGCGACGUCGGAGUUCACUGAGACAGACGUCGUGCUGAUCCAACCCAGGAAGGUCAUCAAGGGCAAGGGCAAGAAGGAGCAGGAGACGACCGCGGUGACCAUCGCCAAGUUCGCUGACGAGUGGAAGGCUCGGGCGGCGCUCGGUUUGGCCUCACUCGAACUCAUUCAAGCGGCUGAACAUCACCUUCGCGAGCCGGUCGCUCCAUUCGGGCUCCACGCCGAGCGGCCCGGAGUGGUUCCUGGCGCGCGUUGUCUUCAUCUCCGCCAGCUCCAAGCGGGUUACCUACCGACCAGGUCGCUAACCUUGGUGUGAGAAGCAUCCGCGUGUGCAUGGGCUUUGGGAAGCCAGGCGCGGGUCUCUUCGAUCGGCGCCGGGCCCCCCUCCCUGGCGGCCAGCCAGGUCGCCGAGCGCAGAGAAGGGAACAGUUGCAUGAGCAUGGACUUUCGGAGGCCCGCGCACAUUUCCUGGACUUGCUUUGGACCCUGCGCGCGCAGCGCGCCAGAGGCGGCGCCUGAGGCGCCUCCAGGGGGGUGCAGAGCAGAUGCAAGAUGUCCGCGAGGACCUCAGGACACUCGUGGUUAUGCAGUUGCCCUUCUUUUAAGUCGGCCCUGGCCCUCUAC